CUAUGCUGAAAAAAGAUACAAAACCAAAACUCAAACUAGUGCGCAUCAUUUCACCAUUUCAUCUCUCUUUAAGCCCUUCCAACCACCACUCUCAAUCCCAACUAUUGAUUCAUGGCACAGUGCGUGACCAACAUGGCGCAGGCCGCCGCGUGCCGCAAUGGUACGGCUGCGGCACACCUGAAAGUGAUUUCCCUCUUCACGAUCUUUGUGACCAGCAUGACGGGUGUGUCUGCACCCGUCAUGCUGGCACGAUACUUUCAAGGGAAAUCUCUUUAUGACAUGGCUAUCUUGGUGAUCAAGUGCUUCGCCGCCGGUGUUAUUCUCUCCACCUCAUUGGUCCACGUGUUGCCAGAUGCCUUUGAGGCGCUUUCUGACUGCCAGGUGGCAUCCCGGCAUCCUUGGAAGGACUUUCCCUUCGCCGGACUGGUGACACUCGGUGGGGUUCUGAUGGCGCUGCUUGUGGACACUGUUGCAAGCUCCCACGUGGAGCAUGCGCACUACACGCCAGUGGAGACGGAGGAGAAGGAGGGAGGUGGAGGUGGCGGUGGCGCGUGGAGCAUGGAGGUGGUUGGUGGUGGUGAAGAAGAGAGGGUCGAAAAGUUGAUGAAAUUCAAGCAGAAGUUGGUGUCGCAGGUUUUGGAGAUUGGAAUCAUCUUUCACUCUGUUAUCAUAGGAGUCACUAUGGGGAUGUCUCAGAACGUUUGCACCAUUCGCCCACUUGUUGCUGCUUUGUCCUUUCAUCAGAUUUUUGAAGGCUUGGGACUUGGUGGCUGCAUUGCUCAGGCUGGAUUUAGCUUUGGAACGACGGCUUACAUGUGUUUCAUGUUCUCAGUGACAACACCAAUGGGGAUAAUUUUGGGGAUGAUAUUAUUCUCAAUGACUGGUUAUGAUGAUAGUAACCCUAAUGCCUUGAUCAUGGAAGGGUUACUAGGUUCAGUUUCUUCAGGAAUACUAAUUUACAUGGCUCUUGUUGACCUCAUAGCAGUUGAUUUCUUUCAUAACAAGCUUAUGAACUCCAAUUUGUGGUUGAAAAAGGUGUCCUUUAUUGCAUUGACUCUUGGCUCUGCCUCAAUGUCUGUUCUUGCACUUUGGGCUUGAACAUUUUGUCUUCUGUUCAAAUAAUAUUGUGCAAGGGUAAAUACAAGAUUAGUAAAAGGAAUUCGCUUA